CACCGAUGAACGACAUGUCGUGAAUUUAAUCGAUCUUGCACUCAACAUGGUCACGGGAAAUUCAGCUCCUUGAUUGAUCUUUGUUGGUAGCUUAAUGACCACGAUGGCCCGCAGUCUUUUCAAGAUAGCGGCGCUCACGCUCGCGAAUCUACUUCUCCCCUUUGCAAUCCUCACAUUCGCUUCAGGUUUCUUUCCAUAUAAGCCGGUUCUGUCGGGCCUUGCUUCCUUUCAACAUGACGAUGUGACGCAGAACACUCAACCAGAAGCCGUUUUUGACCGGAUCAUCUUUAUGGUGGUUGAUGCGCUGCGAAGUGAUUUCGUCUACGGCUACGAUUCCGGCUUCCAUUACACCCAGAGUUUGAUACGCGAUGGAGCUGCAAUUCCAUUCACGGCGCAUGCAUCUCCCCCGACAGUCACAAUGCCGCGCGUCAAAGCUUUGACGACGGGUUCUGUGCCAUCUUUCCUCGAUUUGAUACUCAACUUCGCGGAGAGUGAUACGAGCUCGUCUCUCGCCGCACAAGACACUUGGCUCGCGCAAAUCAAGGCCCGUGGAGGAAACAUAGUCUUUUAUGGUGAUGACACAUGGCUGAAGUUGUUCCCGAACAGCGCCGGCGGUGACGAAUUCUUUGCUCGGGUGGAUGGGACGAGCAGCUUCUUUGUUUCGGACUUCACCGAAGUAGACAAUAACGUGACGCGACAUGUCCCAGACGAGCUCGGACGUGAUGAUUGGAACUCCAUGAUCAUGCACUAUCUGGGCCUUGAUCACAUCGGACAUAAGACUGGUCCGCAAGGACCUAACAUGAUUCCAAAACAACACGAGAUGGACGGUAUCGUACGUACCAUCUUUGAAGCUAUGGAGAAGUACGAUCAUCAUGGCAAGACCCUUCUCGUACUUGCAGGCGACCACGGCAUGAAUGCAGGCGGCAAUCACGGUGGCAGUGGUCCAGGCGAGACCGAACCAGCCUUGCUUUUUGCAAGCCCGCAACUGCGUAAAAUUCAUCGCGACAGCGAACAAGAAAGCCCAACAGCACCAAAGCCCGGCACUGAGUUCCAUUACUACACAAAGGUGCAGCAAAGUGACUUGAUCCCAACCCUAGCAGGUUUGAUGGGCUUUCCGGUGUCACGCAACAGUCUCGGUGUCUUCAUCCCCGAGUUUACGGCAUUGUGGUCCGAAAAGGACUCUACGCAAUUGCUGCGCCAGAACGCCGAUCAGAUCCUGCAGAUAAUAGAAGCUUCACACGGUGCGAGCGCCUUCCAGGACAUUGUCACGACAUAUCGAUCCAGAUUAGCAUCGCUCGGCGGUCACAACAAACCCUGCAAAGACGUCGAUGAGGGAAUACAGCGCUUGGCGUGCCUUUGGGCCUCUGCUUUGUCUGUCAGAAAUGCUCGGAAUUCUCUUGAAACAGAGCAAGCUGCACUUUACAGCUUCCUAAACGAAGCACAAGAGACUCUGAGCGGCACGGCUAGCUCCUAUAACAUUCCACGCAUGAUUGCAGGCAUUGUCCUCAGCGGUGUCAUUCUGUCUCUGGCACUGUUCUCCUUCCCCUCAUUACGGCCGAUCACCGUGCCUGGACUCUUUCUCACCACCAUUGGCACUCUUUACGGCAUCAUGAUGUUUGCCAGUAGUUAUGUGGAGGAGGAACAGCAUUUCUGGUACUGGUUUACGCCUGCUUGGAUUGUAGUCCUCGCGGCUGGGGGCAGCGGUCUAGUGAAUGCAACGCCUGAACGUCGCGUUGGUAUCGCGGCUGCGACAUUUGUACUUCUUUCCGUGCAUCGCUUCGCAGUGCGCUGGAAUCAGACCGGUCAGAAGCAUGCCGGCGCACCGGACAUUGUUCACACAUUCUUCCCACGUGCAGUCGUGUUGCUCUGGAUCUUGAUCCUGUCGGCAUAUGCUCACGUCGGUUUACAGCUGGUGCGACGAUCGACGGCAGGUCUAAUGCCCAGCGAGCUCGGUGCUGCGUUGGUUGCGUUGGCGGUCGCUGCGGCAGUGGUAUUCAAGCUGAAUUUCACGCAGGCAGACGCUCCGGAGUUGGUCCAAGGCCUGGCAGAACGGAUCCGUGCUUGGACACAGGCUUACGAUCUGAUACUUCAAGCUCGUGUGGCGUUUGGUCUAUUGGGCGUUUUGACGGUGGUGGUUGUCGUGCUGUCUAUUGCAUCAGCAAAUGUCAGCCGUCGCGCAACAGGACAAUCCAUUCCGCAAGUGAACAGACUGCCGAGUCUUGCCGAGCGUCUGCAUUAUUUGCUCACGCUCUUCCUCAUGACGCAGUCGAGAGCUGCCAACAUCCCCCUUUUCCUCGGACUCGAGUUGCAGAUGCAGGCGAUGAGAUAUCUUCUGCUCCGAUCACAGAACAAGGACUUCCGCGAUCACCACACGCGUAUUGCUGUCACCACACUGCUUCUGUCGCAUGUCUACUUUUUUUGCAUGGGUGGCUCGAACUCGAUUUCAAGCAUCGAUCUGAGCAAUGCAUACAAUGGUGUCGCCGACUACAACAUCGGUGCUGUGGGCGUACUGCUCUUUGCGAGCAAUUGGACAGCUCCCAUCUGGUGGUGCAGUGCCACAGUUCUGCUUCUCAUUGAUGGGAAAAGACUACAGUCCGCUCCGCAAAAACUGUCGAAGGUUGCUGCUGACCCUCGGAGCUGGAUCCACGAUGAGCGGAAGAAGCUACAUGAGGACGCAGUACGAGCAGCGAAGCACGAAGGCGCACCACCAGCGGCUACUGCGUCGAGUGAUGGCAGUGUGUGGAUAUCCUACCUCUCCUGUGGCACAGCAUUCACUGCGGUAAGUUUAGUCGCUGUGAUGGCGGCAUGCACUGCGCUUCGCGCACACCUUUUCAUCUGGACAGUCUUCAGUCCUAAAUAUCUGUACUCCAUGGCGUGGAGUAUAGGAUGGCAUAUGAUCAUCAACAUCGGCCUGGGAAGUUUAUUGAUACAGGCGGCCCAAAUUGUCUGAUCAAGCAGACAUGAGAGAGAUGAUCGAGUAUGGAUGAGCACAGGAAUAUUGACCUGCAAGGUCCAGUAUUUGAUUGGAUCACUACCAUGUGAACCGGGACUUCUAUUGUUGGCAGUCGGGAGAAGUAUUUGAGCGAUUACUAUAGAUCUAAAAGGUAGUGAGUGACCCGCGUUGUUCAGAUUGAGAAAAGUCUUGCUUUCCUAU